AAGAAAUAAAUAUUUUGAAAUGAAGAAAUUAAAAAAUGGUGAUCAAAAGUAUCGUUUUUUGGUGAUCAAAAGUAUCUAAAUUUUUUGGUGAUCAAAAGUAUCUAAAGAGUUGUGGUGAUCAAAAGUAUCUUUUUUUGGUGAUCAGAAAUAUUGUCACCCUUUUUCUUAUAUGACGUGACAAACUGUUCUGUUCUUUUUAAGCUUAGAAGUUUUGAUUGCGCUUCAUCUAAUUUCUGAUCCAAAGAUUUCAUUUUUAUCUCUGCUUGAAAAAAUAUUUAAAGGUGCUAUGACAUCGGCUGAUUCGAAAUUAGCAUCGAGUCUAAUGCUUGGCAUCACCGUCAUGAUUCAUAGUCACGAUCGUGGUAUUGGCUGAAGCUGGGUCAUAAUUAAUCACGAGCUUCCAUAAUAAAUUAACGAAGGAUAUGAAAUAAUUGCUUGAUAUUUAAACUAAAUUGUUAUUCUAGUACUGCGUAGUCACUGUAGAGAUGAGAAAGGAAAGUGAUUGCCGUUAGCAUCUUGUCUUUCUAUGUCUCCCAUAUUCAAAUAUUAUUGACGAAACGAAAUAAAAAGUAUUGUUUAACAAUUGUUCUACAAGUAAAUCGUUAUUAAACUAUGUUUUUGUAUCAUUUUAAUAUGAUUAUUUUGAUUUGAUAAAUCAAUUCUAAUAUAUUAGUAGUAUUUUUUUAUCCUUUAUUUAGGCAUCUAAUGAAUUAAGAGCGAACGCAUUAAGUACUGUUCGAUAUGCUGGAUUUAGUCUUCCAAGUUGUCAUUCUGGUUACAACGAAGUAAUUUCUAUUGGCAAACAUCUUAUGCCUUUUCUUAGCACAUAUAUGCCUCAUUUACAAACAUUACAUCUUUGGCGACCGGAUGAUUUUCCUUGGACAACUAUUCGACCGGAUUACAGGCAAGGACAUGCUUAUAUGGUUUCAUUUCGAGGAUGGCUGAAGUCUCUAAAAACAUCUGAAUCGAUUGUUCAACAUGUGACUGUUUUUGAACAAGAUCUUUCUCAAUUGGUCAAAGAAUUAAAAGAAUUUACUUUUCUUACUAUUUAUGGGGAAAUUCAUUAUGAAAAAGUUGAAGCUUAUCGGUCAAUGGUUCAAGCUCGCUUUCCUCAUAGUCGAGUAAAUGUUGAAAUGUCAAGAUUUCGUCUUUGGCUUUAA